AUGGCGAGCGGAACGAGCGCGGAUGAUGGACGAAUCGAGCCGGUCUUUUCCGCGUGGAGCGGGGAUAAUGGGGCCCCGCGUGUUCCUCUGCGCCGUGACUCUUUCGCUUCUUCCGCUUAUUCCGCGCGUGGGCGCAGUGCCUAUGAGGGCAAGCACAAUCGACACUCUACUGAUCAUCAAGUCAUCGCUGGGCGUCACUCUCACCACGUGGGCAGCGGGCAACACGGGCUGCACCGUCACAAGCCAGACACAACAAGCAGGGGACUGGACGGGCAUGAUCUGCUCAACCACGGGGGAAGUGCGCCAGAUGUGCGUGCUGUGGGUGUGCGGGGAGUGAUGCAUGUGGGUGUGCGGGGAGUGAUGCAUGUGGGUGUGCGGGGAGUGAUGCAUGCGCAGCAAGGGGGGGGAGUGGACGGUUGUGAUUUGCUCACCCUCAAGGGAUGGUGCAUGGAGGCAUGGAUGUAUGAGAGUGGGGCGAUGCAGUGGAUGGAUAUCGACCUGGAGAAUCAGAAGCUGACAGGAAGCAUCCCAAAAGAAAUCUCCAAGCUCACUGCGCUCAAUCACAUGUACGUCAUGCCAGGGCUGGGCACCAACCUCUUGGUGCAGCGGCUCGCCGCGUUCACGUCCAACCUGCUGCCGCUCACCACCCUUGCGAACCUGUGCGUGCAUGCAAUGGCCCAGGCGCCUCAAAAACCCCCGUCCCACCCCCCUCCCGACCCCCUUUCCCCUACCCUCCCCCCUCCCCUUUUCUGCAGCAAGUUCUUCCGCAACUACCUCACCGGAACCUUCCCAGCCCCGGGCCCGGCCCUCAAAUACAUCGACCUGCAGCACAACUUCCUCUCAGGCUCCUUCCCCCCCCACUCCGCCACUUACUGCACCGCCACCAGCAACUGUUUCUCCCAGGCUUCCAACUGUGUGUCCACCGCCACCACCCAGCGCACCCCUGCUGCGUGCUCCAUCUGCAACGUCACCAUGGCAGCGGAUCCAGCAGGUACAGGCUGGGUGGUACCUGCACCGGGGUCCUCCCAGGUGCUAUGCGGGGGAGGCUCAUGUACUCCGAAUGCCUCGGUCCCUUUCAGCAAGGGCACGCCUUACACCUCCUCGUCUCCGCUGCUCCCGAUGUUCUGUGCUCUCAUCGGCAUGGCCUCGGGAUCAUCUCAGGCCAUGCUGGCUCUGAAGUCGUCCCUGGGAGUGACUCUCUCCUCAUGGGCCUCCGUUCCUACUGCGACCGUUAUGGGGGUGGUUUCAACGUCUGCCUCCUUUCCCACUGCCUCCUCGCCUUCACUGGCGUAUCUCUGCUCGGUGGCUGGGGCCUUGGCGGCUCCUAUACCUGCGUCUGCUGCUGCGAGUGCAUGGAAGGGCGUCGAGUGUAAUGCAGCUGGUGCUGUCGUGAAGAUGUGA